CAGCGCCUUUGCAGAAUUCCCUUACCUUCAACCAAAUAUUAGCACUUCCUUACAUAGUUUUCUUAUUCUUGAAACAUCAGCUCUUUCUCUUCCACUCUACCUAGAACAAAAACAUGAUAAGUACAAAUAAGCUUAUUCAAAUGGCAAGGAAGUGGCAAAAGAUGGCAGCUUCCAGUAGAAGAAAGAUUUCCUGGCCAAGACCACUGGCUGAUAAAGGUCAUUUUGUUGUCUACACAACAGACGGAAGGCGGUUUAUGAUUCCCUUGACGUGUCUCAAGAAUGAGAUUUUCACAGAGCUCUUCAGAAUGGCAGAGGAAGAGUUCGGGAUUGCAAGUUCAGGGCCAAUUAUGCUGCCUUGUGAUUCGAGUUUCAUGGAGUAUGCAAUCUCUAUGAUCCAAAGACAUGCAGCUCAAGGAUUGGAGAAGGCGCUGAUUACAUCCUUAGCUAGCUGUAGAUACACAUCGUUAUCAAAUGAACAUCAAGCACAAACGAAACAACAAUUGCUUAUUAGUAGUUUCUAAGACAGAUUGUUUUCUCUUUUUUUCUUUUUUUGUAUAGAACAAAUACUGUGAAACUUUACCUGGACAGAGUUAAUGGAACUACCUGCGGACGAUAUUUAAAUCAACGCUCUUACAGAAACA